AUGUCUGACUUGCGACCGGUCACCCCUCCUGAACAGACUGCCGAUCCCAAGCAAUCUCUGCCCAAAUCAGAUCUGACCACUGGGCCUAGCACUCCAAGUUCUGGAAAGAAAGAGAAUAAGACACCGACGUACAGCACUCCUCUGAGCGUAAAAGUCAGCAGUUUCAGUGGACACUUUUCAGGAAACUCUCAUAAGAAGGCGCAACCAGAAGUCGUUCGUCCUCAGAUCGCCAAAGAUAUGGAAGGAUCUCUGAUAUCGUGCAUUCCAUUUGCCGACUUCGUUCGCGAGACUUGGGGUUUCGACAUCGAUCGCCUUCAUCUCUCCGAAUGGAAGAAAGACAAACCAUUUGAGCUCGAUGCGCGACUGUUGGCCGAGUACGAUAGGUGCAAGACAGAGACGCAGCACUACUUCCCCUACAUGAAUAUGCUCAUGGAGGCUGUUCUGAGUUAUGAUAGCGCAAUGAAGGAUCUGAAGAAGAGCGACGAGGUCGAUUUUCCAUGCGGUGUUUUCUUCGAUGCUCGAGCCGGGAACGAUAUAGUCACCGGCGACGGUGAUAUCGAGCGCAAGCCUGAUGGGUCUAUUACCUCAGUGGCGGGACACCAUAUCUUUCAGGACAAGCGGAACGUCCCUAACAGCAUAGACAAAAAUCACUUUCGCUUCCUAAAGCUGUUCUGGUGUCACGUCCUAGCCUGGCUCGAGUUCAAGUAUGACGAGAAGAAGCCCAACAAGGGCAACGCCGUCGCGAUCAAAGGUGCACCCUCAUCUCCCGCAGAUACCGAGACGAUAGGAGGGUCAUCUGCCUCUGGACGCUAUCCGAGCACUCGCUCCUCCAGCAAACGCCCUGCUCCAGACGAUGACAGAGAGCCCGUACGCAAGCGGUCAAGGGUCAAAGCAGCGAGUAAAAGCUCCCCUCCCGAACGAACGCAACCCCCGGCGUAUCGCAUGAAGCAGAAGGUCCAGCUCACGGGCGACGAGGUCCAGGCCGUAGAAUACGCCCAUGAAACGCUUCGAACCGGUCGACGCCUCUGGUCGACUGGGGUCUUCGUCGAUAAAUUCGAGAUGUCUCUGUGGUUCAUCGACCGUAUGGGCGCCAUCUGUUCCAAUACCAUCGACUUCAGGCAUGACCCAACACUAUUCCUCCUCACCGCCGUCGCCAUUGCGAGCGCCUCCCUCGAACAGUUUGGAUUCGACCCCGCCAUCCAACCUGCCAACACCCCCCCGACAGAUCCCUUUGUGGAAUACGAUUACAAGACGAAGUUGAAGACGGACUCUGCCGAACGUCUGCAACAGGAGCGGUUCGACAAGUUACAAGGAAUAUACGAGGCCUCGGACUCCUGCGCAUUCACUGAUUUAGCGUGGACAGACCUCGUUCUCCGACUCCCUAUCCACAUCGACGCGGAGGACAAGCCCCUUCCCCUCACGUCUACUUCCGAAUCGUCACAGCCCGUCUCUUCCACUGACAUAACGUCUCCUCCCGCUGACACAACGUCUUCUCCCGCUGAUAUCACAUCUUCUCCCGCCGACACGACAUCUUCACUCACGUCAAGUCCUGAAACGACUCCUCCGGCAAUCAUCACGUUUACCAUCCAAGCUGAUCCUCUCCACUUGCAGCCCGGAGUCAUCGGCCGUGGUACAUCGGUGCUUCCUGUGGAACCUCCCUCAGACCCGAAGUACAAGGGUCUUCCUCAAGAGCUCGUUGCUAAGAGAAGUUGGCCGCCGGAGGAUCGUUUGGGCGAGGACGUUAUCAUCGCGCAUAUCCGGAGUCUAAUCACCCCGCGUUGGAAGAAACACAUACCAGACGUCCGGGGCUCGCUUACCCAGACGAUGAAGGAUGUGAAAUCUCCUAGAAAGAACCUCACCGAUAUUGCGAGGCGUGAGAUAGAGAGAUGGAAGGCCGACGUAAGGACCCAAAAUGGCAAUCUCACCGCUGACGAACUCGAGGACGCCCAGCUCUAUAACGCGUUCAUCGGCGAUGCUCACGAGAACCGCGUCUUCCGCACCCUGAUCUGCGUGCGCUAUAUUCCGUUGCAAGAAGUGCGAAACUGCCAAGAGUUUGCGAAGGUAUUCCUGGACGUGGUGCAGGCACACUACGUUGUCUACACAGAGGCCCACAUUCUGCAUCGCGACCUCAGCGUGGGCAAUAUCAUGUUCAGACGCGAGAACGGUGAAGUCAUUGGUGUUUUAAACGACUGGGAUCUAGCCAUACCCCUUGAACCAUAUGCCCUGCCUGGCCCUUCGUCAAAGCACCGCACUGGGACGGCAGCUUUUAUGGCGCUCGAGCUUCUUGCUAAUGAGGGUAUCCCGAUCAAACACGAAUACCGUCAUGACCUUGAGUCUUUCGCGUGGAUUCUGAUCUGGUGCACCUUUGUGCUACAAUUCCAGGGGAAACUCGUAGGAUUCAAGAAACUCUAUACGCCUAUCCAGGAGUGGACCGACACCGUCCAAUGGGCCCAACUCAAAUCCCGGAAGUUCGACUUUGUGACGAAGCGCAUGAAGGCGCAUCGCAGCAAGAUUACGAAGGCCAUGGCACCGCUCGCGAACAGGUGGAUUAGGAAGGUCUUUGACGGCAUGUCGGACACUCUUUAUCAUGAAAACAAAAAAGUGCACGGUGAAUCCGAAGACGAUGAUGAGGAGGAUGAGGACGAUGUUGACCCGCCCGACGCGGAACUUCUUCCUGGUAUGUCGAGCGAUGACGAUGACAACCAGGAGAAGGUACCCGAACCCGAAUUUUUCUUCACUUUCGAUCAUUUCAUGGAUGUCUUGCUCCCCCAUGAUAAGAAUAAUCACGUCGAAGUUUUGGAGUUGCAGCGCACUAGAUCGCAUUAGACUACCGUUCUCCAUACGUUUUUGGUUCUUCUCUGUCCGGAUCAGCUAUUACCUGCAUGCAUACCCUUCGACCUAUGCUCCUUCGUCUGCCGUUUGCCCACUAUGACCCCCUUUCCCCGUGCAUCGUUACCGUCCUAUAAUUGAAGUGGAAUUGUGUCGUUUACAAUCUUGACAUCUUUGGAUUCUCUUCAUACUUUUGUACCAUUCGACGGUGUCAUUUCAUAAUAAGAUCCCAG